UUGUAUUAUUAUAAAUUUAUUGUUGAUGUUUCGUACAAGAAAUGAUAAUAAUGGUUGACGAGAGGAGUGUGCGAUAUACAAGACAUUGCUGCAGCCACUGACGUAUGUUUUAGACGGAUGAAAAUUUACAUUUGACAGGCCGAAUGUGUAUAUACCACCUGGUCAACGGAGGAGAUUAUAUGGAGUGGUGGAAUAUGCUUAGAAUGGAACUGCUGGAGCUGGAGAGAGGCUGUGUGGAAGUGGUUUUAUGUUGAAUGUGCUGAGUACUAUACAACUCAAGUCAGUCAGUCGGCUCAGCACCGGCCUCAAUGCUGUAUCGUGAUUUAUAAAAUUUACCGUUCAGUUUCCCAAUUCAUUUAUGUAUAAACGAUUCGGAAUUUUUUCACCCAAACUUUAAAAUCAGUAUUCAGUUUCUUUCAAAUUAUUAUUGUUAUAUUAUUUUUGCCUUUUGCGUAUAGAAAAUUUUGUGCAUUUUAUUUUGUGGCAGUGUUUAGGAUUAUAACAUCAAUAAAUUAAUCUUUUCAACAGAUCAUUAAAUAGGUAUGAUUAUAUAAUCUCUCGCAAAACCGACUUGUUUGACUCUAUACGAUAAAUAUCAUUCUUUUUCGAAUGAAGAUAUAACGGGAACGUCCUCUUGUGCUCCAGGAUAACAACAAUGUCGGCGCAAUGCAGACACUUUGUGCAAAACGCCUGGAAAAAGGAGCUUUGUUCAAAUUGCUUUAAACCGCGAGAAGAACAUCUCGAGUCAUCUGAUACUUCAAAGCCACUCAUUAAAACCCCUCACAGUGCCUUCAACAGCAACCACAAAGUGCAGGGUAUUCUCAGGAUUAGAGAACACUGCCAGGUGAGGCUGAAGAAGCGGAACGUUGGAUUUCAAGAAUCACUUGUCGAAGUCAUUGGCUUUGGAGGUGAUGAUUUUUCCGAUGCCGAUGAUGAUAGUCAGGAUCUCGACAGUAAUGACUCAUCCAGUCCUGAAGAUAACAUUCCCGAUAGCGAGGAGGAACGAGCCCUCGGUAACUUGACGCGUGCCAAUACCAAUUUCAAUACUGUCACUGCAAAUCUAACGGAAUCUGCGGCACCCGCCGUCAACACUCCCAAGACAUUUGCAUCCUUGAUGCUCGGAAAAGUUCAAAAAGAUGCUGAUGGUAAAAAGAAAACACUCUUAGUGUCAGUGACGCCAUUCGGAGGAGAUGACACUCUACCGACAGCAAAAAGGCCCAGCGACAAGAAGAUCAAUAACGAAUACUCAAGACCGAAAACUCUCGAUAUUAUCCCAAAAAACGAAAAGACUGAAGUCACUGUCAAAAGUAUCAAGAAAUUAGUCGAAAACGAUAACCCAAUUCUCGAAAAACGUCCCACCGAAUCUCCGAGUCUCGAAAAAAUCGUCGACAUGCCUCUAAUAACCUCCGCAAACCUAGUGUCAGUAAUUCAAAACGAAAAUCUAGAAACCCCCCCAACAAUACAGAAAACAGAUAAGAAAAUAACCAUCGCAAGAACCCCAGCUAUCAAAAAAUCCGAAAACGAAAAGCCAAGAAUCUCACUGCAAAAUUCGACCAACAACAAAGGAGAGUACGCAAUAACGAAAAUAACCAAACGCACCGAUAUCAUGAACACUGAGAAUCGACUCAACGGUGUCUACAACUCUGGAUCCGAAUUCCGAAGCAAUUCAGGAAUAGAAUUAACUCUAUCCCCCCUGAAAAAGGAAACAAUAGACGAAAGAUCGAUACUCCCAAAAGGAAAAGAAGUGAAUAAAAUUUCCGUAACCGCAGCCGUUGAAAAGAAGCAGGAACUUUUGGAAGAGCGCAAAGUCGAAGGCGAGGCAGUGACGAAAAAAUUCACCUUCAAAGAGAGUCGUGAAUCUGCCGGCGAACCAGACGGAAAAGCUGAUGAGGACAUAUCGGAACCUCCGGCUUUGCCGAAAAAUCCCCCGCCACUUGAAACGAAACUUAAGAGUUGCACCUUCCCAACGGAACCUAAAUGUAUGUUGUCGAUAGCUGAACCUAGAUCUUCGUUCCUACAUGGCGAAUCGAAAAUAAAACCAGCAGUUCCUCAAAAACCGGUUGCUUUGCCUCAGAAAAUUUCCAAUUCGCCGACUUCUUCUUUUUCGACUCCGAGUAAAAAAACACUCAGUACUUUCGCAGUUUCGAAUAACACCCCACGGGUUACAGAGGUCAAGGAACAAAGUCCAAUUUGCAAUUACUCAAAUUCGACAUCAUUUCCGAACGGUGAGACCAACAAUAAUCAGUCCCAACUAAUCAACAAUCAACAAAUCAAUAGACUCCCAGAAGUUCAACCGUGCCAAUCUCCAGUCCAAACGUCCUCCGAGGAGAGUCCUAAACCCAAAAAGAAUUUGAAAAAUCUAACUUCCCCACCGAGACCCAAACCACCCUCCAUAGCUCUCUGCAAACCACUCCAACCAGAAGAGGAUCCUGACGACGAUGACAACAAUUCGAAUUCCGAUUCCCCUUUCGAAGCGACUCGAGCAUCGAACAAGAGACGAAUGGCACCCAAACCCCCAUCAUCUCCAAUUGACGACACCCCAAGUUCCCUAUUUGCCCGAAAUCCGACAACUACAACAAAAUCAGAUUCACCAGUUGUUCGGGAAAUGGAAAAAAGGGAGAGAGCCUCGUCGUGUAGUCCUAAAUUCCGAAAAGCAGUAUCCGUGUCAGAGUCUCCGGAUCCUUCGGAUCGGGCACCAGAACCGGCGCCAAGGAAAAACAUUUCGCUGUCUCAGGACAGUUUAGCAAAUCCAGAGAGGAUAGAGGAGAAGAAAAAGAGUCGAUCUCGAUUUUCGUUGAAGAAAUUUCUUCGUAUGGGUUCGAGAAAGGAUGUCGACAUGACCUGUGGAUAUGGUUCGAGAAUGGAUGAGAUUCCAUCCACUCCUCAACCAAAACCACGAUUGGAGAUCAUUCAUCCAUUGGAGCUUGAUGGUGCUGCUGUUCAGGUUCUUGGAAAUGAGGGAAAUUCCAGGGUCAGUGAAGACGUUACCGAUUUCCGCAGUAGCUUAUCUUUGACGAAUUCAUCGAUGACUAAUGGAAAUCUGCACGGAACAGUGAGACCAGGUAAACCUCCACCCCCGCCAAGGAAUCAGUCACUAGACGAUUGGUCUAGACUGGAUCCGGCAAAUAAGCCAGCGAGACCACCUCCCCCUCGAACUGACGCAAAAUUACCACCGAGAGGCGAGAAACCAUCACCUAAAACAUGGCAAUCGACAUCCAAUUCACCUUCGACGUCUGACUCAAUUUACGCGAAUUUGGCAGCGGAGGAUGUUACAGGUGAAAUUCGAAGUUCUCUGGUACCAUCCAAGCCACAACGAACGGCCAGCAUGAGGGAGCAGACCAAUUCUCAGCCUCCCGUGAAAAAAGCCGUUCAAAAUCAAAAUCAGGACUACGAGAAUCUCGAAUCCAAUUCGCCAGCUUCAAAUUCACCGGCUUCGAGCGAGAGUCAGGUUUAUGAAUGCUUAUCAAGUUCUCCGGAAUGUGAUUCGAGUCUUGAAUUACGCCAUGGGAACGGAAAUCAUGCAACUGCUAAAAGAAAAUCCGACAGCAGUGCUUUGGAGUCAAAUGUGGAGUUCAAGUACCAUCAACCAACGUUCACCAGGUCAACUUCCCUGCCAUAUUGUGGUAGCGAAACCGAAAGUGAACUCUACGCUCCCUACAGCUUCUAUACCAAUGACGAAGGUCCUGAAGAUGAUCAAGAUUGGAAAAACAAGGAUGAUGAAUCUAGAGUUAGUCGUUUGAGACAAAGAAGAGGUCGAAGUAUUGUUCACCGAAGUUUGGAGGACAAUUACGGAGCAGUCGUUGUAGCCAAUCAUGAAGCAUUAGCGCAAUUUUUGGAACACUUAAAUUUAGCAUCACCCCUAUCGCUAGGCCUACGAGGACUGAAGAAUGCAAAUCUGCGAUUCAGCGAUUUUACUUUAGACUCCGCCUCGUCUAUUACUGUUGGGAAAAGGAUAUUUUAUUCCGCAACGUGGAACGAUCAAAAUGUCACUAUUUGCAUAGCUUUCAAUCCAACUAUGCACGUUUCGAGAAAGGAUUUCUAUCUAGCGCCUAUAGUCGAAUUUAUAGAUGCUGUGCCAAAGGAAAUUUCUGAAAAGAUGGGUUACACUGGACGGAAAACAAUCGAAGCAACAAUAUCAGUAUUGCCUCGCCUGCAAGUGAACACUAUUCACACUUUUGGUGCAAUGACAAAAGACACAAUUGACGAAGGAACAACGAAAGACUCCUUCUUUGUUCUGUUGCAAUUCGUAAACGCUUUGAAAAAUCUCCAGGCUCGUGGUAUCGAAGAAUCGCCUAAGAAUUUGAGCAAUGUCGUGCUUUGCCGAGAAGAUAAGGACGCUUGUUACAGGAUUUAUCUGCUUCAAGGAUUAAACGUUGAUAGCGGUGAAGAAUGUGAAGAGAAAAUGGCUUCGUUGUGCCAAUGCGCCCUUCUUGCACUACAGGAAUUGCAUCUCACUAAUAAACUGCCUCUCGUUAGGGAGUUGCUCACGAAGGAGAAGGCAGAAACUCUGUCACAGGUAAAAUCACUACUGGAAUUUUCGCUUUGGGGACCGGCUGACGUAACACUAGGCGGACCACGAGAAAGAGAAACUGCUCUCCAAAGAUGGUUGGAUCUAGAAAGAGCAACAGUUCUUCAUGCUUUGGUGAGGACAAGAGCUCCUCUAACAGUAACGGACGAAUACCAUCUCUUCUUCCUAGUUCAUACAACUUCAAAAACUAUGUGCGAGGCUUCCAUUCAUCUAGAUAAGCAACGAAAUGGCUUAAUGCGAACAAAUUAAUAAUAUUUAUGCAAAAUUCAAAAAAGAAGCAUUCAUAUCAUUGUCAAAAAAUACUGCUCAAAACAAAAUUUUUUUUCAUUUAUAAAGAGAUUUUUAUCACAUUCAUUAAUGUAUUACUACUGUAAAAAAAAUAUUUAAAAACAAAUGUAAUAUUAGAGAGGGAGUAUAUUAUAGUGUUUAUAAUUAUAUUUUCUUUAGAGACACUCGAAUUCAUUGCCCCUGGUGUCGUGUAGAGUAAAAGAAAAAUGUCCCAUUAUGUUGUUAGGUGAUAAUUUGUUAAAAAAAAAUGCUCAAACGUCGAACAAAAAAAAAUUAUGAACUCACAUUGUUUUGUCUUUAAUUUAAAAAUUAUUUCGCGAUUCGUUUAAAUUUCGUUUGUAAUGUAACAAAAGAAUAUGCGUGUUUAGUUGAAAAUCACUUUGUCUUGUUCGUAAAAUGUUUUUUUUAAACAAUUACAAUAAUGCUAAUUUACUUUUGUACAUUUGAAUAUUUCCAGCAUGACAAGUUUAUCGGAUAUUAUUUAAAUACAUUGUGUCAUUUAUACAUUAUAAAAUACUCAAUGAAUUGUUUAUAAAAUUGUCAUUAAUAUGAUAUUAACGAUAUUAAUGUUGUUAUUAAUGAGAAUACCAUAAUUAAUGUUUUGUACAUAAUAAAAUUGUUAUUAAUGAAAAUUA